AUGGCUGACACCCAGGCCCAGCAGCCUGCCGAGGUUGACUACACCCUCAACAACCCCGACACCUUGACCAAGUACAAGACUGCUGCCACUAUCUCACACAAGGUCCUCGACGCCGUCGCAGCCCUGUGUGUGGAGGGAGCCAAGAUCGUUGAGAUCUGCCAGAAGGGUGACGAGCUUCUCGAAGAGGAAAUCGCUAAGGUCUACAAGGGCAAGAAGAUCACCAAGGGUGUCGGUCACCCCACGACUGUCUCUCCCAGCUCCCAUGUGACCCCAUACACUCCCUUGGUUUCCGAUGCCCAGGAGGCCGAGACUACCUUGAAGGCCGGUGAAAUCGCUAAGAUUCAGCUCGGUGCCCAGAUCGAUGGCUUCGGAACCAUUGUUUGCGACCAGGUUGUUGUCGGCCAGGACGAGGUGACCGGCCGCGAGGCUGACCUCAUUACCGCGACUCACUAUGCCAACGAGCUCUUGCUCCGUCUCAUGGUGCCCCCUGGCCUUCUGGCUACCGGUACCGAGGAGGAGAAGAAGAAGGCUGCCGCCGAGAGGGCUCCUACUCAGGCCCAGAUCUCCCAGCUGAUCGAGAAGGUUGCUAAGGCCUACGACUGCAACGUGGUUGAGAACACCACCAGCUGGCUCUUCGAGCGCAACGAGAUCGAGGCCGAGAAGAAGAUCAUUCUCUCCCCCGGCACCGGUGUGAAGGGUGAGGGUGUCCCCGACGUUGGUGAGGUUUGGGGUGUUGAGAUUGGUCUCUCCCUUGGCUCCGGAAAGGUCAAGACUCUGCCCCUCCGUUCUACCCUCCACCGCCGUACCACUACCACCUACGGCCUCAAGCGUCCCAGCUCGAGACAGACUCUCUCGGAGAUCGUCAAGAAGUUCGGCCAGUUCCCCUUCAGCUUGCGCCAGCUAGAUGAUGAGAAGGCCGCUAAGGUUGGUGUCGUCGAGUGUGUCCGUGGUGGUGUCCUGAGACAGUACGAGCCUGCCGGUGAUGCUGACAACGCCCCUGUCUCCCGCCUCUUGACUACCAUUGCUAUCACCAAGAAUGGUAUCACUAAGCUCACUGCUCCCGCCGCACCUGAUUUCACCAAGGUCAAGUCUGAUAAGAAGAUCGAGGAUGAGGAAAUCCUCAAGAUCCUUGAGCGUCCUCUGUCCAAGUCGACUGGCUCCAAGAAGAACAAGAACAACAAGAAGAAGGCCGCCAAGAAGGCCGACUCUGGCGACAAGGAGUAA